UUUGCAGCUGAACCAGUUCAGAAAAUCGAAAGUCGAGAAGGCAGUGUCGAACGCAAAGUGUGUAAAGACCGUGACGAGAAGCUAAAGUUUGCACGGGAUCGUCAAAAUGAAGAAAGACAAAGAAAAAUCGAAGAGCUAAGGGCGCAGGCGGAAGCGGCGCAACGAUAUCGCGAACAAAAAGAAGAGGAACGUCGCCGUCGCAUAGAGGAGAUAAGGCAACGCGACACGGAGAAGCGGCAUCAGGUCGAAGAACGUAAACGCGCCAUAACCGAGGCGGAAAAGGAGCGCCGCGAAUAUAUAUUGCGGAAGAAUCAGGAACGCGAUUCCCGCUUGGAAACAAAGAAAGGCCCCCGCAAUACAGUUGCCUUUGCCUUUGGCUCGUCGACACCACGCCUACUGGAGCCCGAUUUUGGACUGGUAUCGCCAAGCACUUAUUUGGGUCAUCGACGGUCGACGUCGAUCACUAAUGUUACUGGUGCUUCAUUAUCACGUCGUAGUUCCGAACGUGAACUGACCGACAGUGGUGCCAAGAAGCGUGCAAUAUCAGCCGGUGGCACAGAUCGGCAUGAAGAUCAUCGUCGUAAGUCAUCAUCCAUGUAUGAAGUUUUCAAUUGGGGAUACUCGAACGAUGAGCCACCCAAGCGUUUUUCCCUAUCCAUUGUGGGCAGUGAAAUCAAUAUUGAUGAUCCUCCGCCGGCGACGGCGUCAGCCGCAACAGCAGCAGCAGCUGGCAAUGCACGCUCAUCUUCUGCCCAUCAUUACACACAGCAUCAGCACAACAGCAUUAGUGCCAAUGUGCAUAGGCAAAAUGUUGCAAUAGAGAAUGCCAGAACAGUCACAGCAGCAGCAACAACAACAGCAGCUAUCAGUCAGCCAUUAGCGGCAGCAGGUGCAGCAACGACAUUUAAUUAUUCUAACGAUAGUGUCGAUAGUCAUGCAACACAAAUCGUGUUUCGAAGUGUAGCCCGCAGAAAAACCGAUUUGAUGCCGACAAUACCCAGCCCCAGGGACGGGCAUUAUGGUUCCAGAUCGUCACUGAUCCACACACCACGCACCCCAGGUCGUGCCUUCUCCAUGAGUCGUCUGGAUCAAUUGGCUCAGCCGAUACGUCGCAAUGGCGAGCAUAUACGCGCUAUACUCGAACGAGAACGUCGCGAGCAAAUGGAACUCUUGGACGAAACCGAAUCUUUGGGUGGUGGUGGUCGGCGACGACAUGGAAGCAAACCACGACAUGGAAGCGGUAGUAGCAGUGCCGGUGCAGGCGGUGUUAACGCUAUGUCACGCAGUAUGACACAUCUGGCCGGUGGGCGCGCCAAAUACUCGCUUAGUAGUGCAGCAGGCAGCAGCGGCGGUGGCGGCAUAUCCAGCAGCAGUUUUCGUCCAUUGAACGGUGGCCAACGCGAUACCACCUGUAAGAGUUUAACGCAGUUAAACAAUUCAUGGUCGAGCGCAACGCCACGCUCGAAUUUGGGCUUACAAACGGCUGCUACUAGAAAGUAUCUGCAAUCAUCAUUAGCUUCAUCACCAUCCGCGAUUGGGACUAAACGCAGCCAGCAGCUACUAAAUCAUCUUACUAACCCCUACCGUUUCGAUCCAAACUCAUUAUUGAUCAUGAAUUCUAGUUUCUCAAUAACAACAGGUUCACGUUCUGGAAAUGUCACCCCAGGCGGCCACAUCAGCACUUCAAGGCCGGGUAGUGCAAUGUCCACAUCCACAAAUAUAUCCACAUCUGGUUACGUGGCUAGAAGAUCUGUACCGGCCACACGUAAGCAACGGCCAGCUAGUAUUGCCGGUACUGGCAUGUCGCUGGAGGACCUUAAUAAACACAAAAAAGAUAACAGGCCGCCAGUGAAGGCUUCAACACCUUCAUCUACGACAACUACAACAUCAGCACAAAAUACCCCCAAACGAACAUCAAAUAUGAUGUCGACCUCAAUGUUUGUGUCAUCUUCUUCACGUUUGUCCAGCGCCGAAAAGAAACCCUCAGCUAAACGGGACUCAGUAACACCCAAAGCCACCACACCCAAAUCGCUUUCAAAAACGCCCAGUUCGGAUCGCUUGAAUAGAUCCAGUAAAGACGUAAUGACUAAAUCAUUAAUUUCUCCUUCUCCGAGCCAGACAAUAACGAAGAGCGAAAAAGACAAAGUCACUGCUGUUGAGCAAAAGAAGGAGGAAAGUCCAGCUCCGGUACAGAGUAAAGAAGAGAAGAAUUCAUUAAAUAUUGCAAAAUCUGAGGCUGAGUCUACUACAGCUGAUACGAUUGCCGCUGCACCAACUGAGCCAACAAUGGUAACAGCACCAGCCUCGGUCGCAUCCGAGUCUAUAGGCACCGAAUCGUUAGGUUCUACAAUUGAAGUUAUUGGUGAAAUAGAACAGGCCGUAGAGAGCCUUGUGUCCGUAACUGAAGCCAAAAUAGAGCCAUCCCCAGCAGUGGAAAGUGUUGAGCCCAAACAAGCGGAGCAGCAACCAGCCCCGCCACAGCCACAGCCACGUUCACAAAAUGGCAGCAAAGAGAAUUCAGAAGUACGUGAGCUUUCGCCACCAACCCAGAACGGCGAGAGUAAUGACCUCAUGACCGCUUCAAUGAUUGCUAAAAGCAAGAUUACUACUGAGGAAGAGGCGAAAGCUGCAUUGGCCGAACGACGUCGUCUUGCUCGUGAAGAGGCUGAACGUCAGGCUGAGUUGGAGCGUCAACGCUUGGAGGCCGAACGCCUUGCUGAACUCAAGCGUCAAGAAGAGGAGGCUGAACGUCAACGGGCAUUCGAAGAGGAAGCGAAUCGUUUAGCUGAGGAACAGCGUCGAGCAGAGGAAGAGCGUUUGCGCCAAGCUAUUGAAGAGGCAAAGCAAAAGGAAGAAGAGGAACGCCGCAAGCGUGAAGAAGAGGAUAAACAGCGCGUACAACGCGAGGAGGCCGAUAAAAAGGCCAAGGAAGAAGCAGAGAAACAACGACUUGAGGUUGCCGAACGUCUUAAACGAGAAGAAAAGGAGCGCGAAGAACGACGCAAACGCGUUGAAGCGAUCAUGUCGCGUACACGUAGAGGUGGUGGUGGUGGUGGUGGCAGCGCGACAACACCCAAUUCCACACCAGUAAAGGAAAGCACUACGCCUAAAUCGGCUGCCGAGAACUUGCAACCACAAGAAACACCACAACAAGAUCAACAAUCCUUUACAACAACUACAGCAACCAAUGCUGUUAAUAGCACUGACAGUAGCUCAACGUCGGGCUCCACUACAACUGCGACCACACCGAAUCCGCCAAUAACACAAAACAUCACAACAACAGCACCAGCACCAACAACAGAUAAAUUGGAGCCACAAAAUACGCAGGCCAUGUACGAGCAAGCCGUUAUUGACAAGGAAACUGCGCUGAUAAAUAGUUUCUCCAAUAUGAUUAUCGAUGAGAAUGUGAAAAAUCUCCAACAACAACAGCAACAUUUCCAGCAACCAACACAGAUACUCGAGGUGAGCAAUGGAAAAUUGCCGAUUAACAGUGAUGUGCUUUUGCAAAAUACCACAACAACAACAACUACAACAAUAAAUGCGACCACUGUCGCAAACGGCAAUGGCCAUCACAUCGAAAACUUGAACAAUAAAAAUGAUAUCAAUAACCUGCAGGAUACCGUAACAGCAGCAGCAAAUCAAUUAAUUGAUUUGAGCAUUGAGUCACAAGAUAUCAACAAUGCAGUAAACUUCAACAACAACAACAGUUUGUUAAACACAACAACAACCGCAACACUAGUCACUGCAGAUAGUCACGAAAAUAAAGAUAUUUCAUUGCUGUGAGUCUAAUCGUGCUAGUAGCCUGCAAAUUUACGGACGCGCAAACUAAAAACUGCAACAAUUAUAAGAUGCAGCAUAAUUAUGAGAAUUUUUGAAAAAAAAAAUAAGCCCAUUGAUUGUGCGCGUUGGCGUUUUCAAGAUGCUGUGUGAGUGUAUGCGACAGUUUGUGGUUACUUGACAUUUAGGGCGUAAUAUUUACGAGUUUAACUAAUUUAAAAAUAAUACAUGUAUAUUGUAGAAGCAAAGAAAAAGCUAAAGCAAAGUGCAUAUUAAGGAAAAACAAAAAUAUUAGCUAAACACUGCUUGGCUCAUUUGAAGCAACGGCAAAUGAUGAAAGGCAAAGAAUUCUUAUAAAACUUUUGAUUAGAAUAUAAUUUAAAUCAAAAUAAAUAAUACUGAAGAAGAAAGGGAAAAUGCAUAAAACUACGGCAAAUGUUCCUCCCGAAGCAAAAGCAAAAAAACAUAUAUAUAUAUAUAUAUGCAUAUAUAUCAAAUAAAUUUAGUUAGACAUUGAAAAUGCUGAGAUAAAAGAGAUGAGAAAUUACACAGAACUGUUUGCAGGAAAAUUGCAUAUUGUGUAAGCAAAACUUCAGUUUAAAAGCGCAGCGCAAUAAAUAGAAAGCUAAAUUAAAGCGAGGGACAUGAACAACAGGGUGUUCGACUGUAUAGAGCUGGAAAAUUAAAUAUCUUUCAAUAUUUUCUAAAACAACAAUGGUAAAUGAAACUUUAUUGAAUCUACAUACUACGGUAGUAUACAUGUUUGAAACUGUGUGAAUAUUGUGAACAAAACAUUUAAUAAAAAAAAAUCGAAAGUCACUUGCUGUAAGUAUAAAACACACACACAAUUAGAAUCAAAAAUGUUGAAAACAUGAAAAAUGCAAAUUUUCAUGCUGCGCUAAGUUUUGAGAUGCGAUCCAUAUUUUCGCUAUACAGUCCAUUUAGAUAAACUUGCAUACAUGUAAAACAAUGGAGUAUACAUACUAUUUAGGAAAACGAAUGAUUAACUAAUUGUCUAAACUCUACAUUGACUACGAGCAUCUAUGUUUGAAAAAUGAACUGAAUGCAGCGAGACUUGAGAGGUCUCUCAUUUUUCAAAUAUGUAUAUAUUACUAUAAAAAUACUUCAUGUCAACCAUUUCUGCGUGCACCUGCCGUUACAUAUGUAUGUAAAUUUAUUAAUGCGUAUUGCACAAAAUUCAUAAUGACAUAAAUGCCACAUAGGGAUUCUAUAUAUAUUUUGCUAAUAUGAUAAAUUUGAAUGCUGGAGGAAAAUUUGUUUAUAUAUAUACGUGGCACGAUGUGGCUUUGUUCUUCCUACCAAACAGCAGCUAAAAAGCACACAAGUUAUAUUCUUAAGCGUUCAAGCUAAUCACAUAAGCGCCUUUUUUCCCCACUGAUUUGGUAACUUAUUUUCAUAUACAUAUGUUUUGCGUUUCAAAUGUACCAUCAUGCCGCAAGUGUAUAGUUAAAGUAUACAUACAUACUACAUAUAUAUAUGUAUAUUUAAUGAAACUUGUAUUCGAUUUUAGGAAGCCUAUGAGUUUGUUCAGAGGCCUCUCGCAGCAGUUAAAAUGCUUUAGGAAAAAUGUUAUCAAAAAUAAUCGUGUGUAUAUCAAAAAUUGCUUUUCAACUCGUGGUAACAAUUUUGAUCAAGUCUUGCUCACAAGCCAGCAAUUUUUU